ACUUGUUGGCUCUCGGGGAGCUGGCACUGAGCCAUGAUGGCGGCCCGUAAACAACAACAGCGUCAAGUUGAAGUCGACUGGCUUUGAGGGGCGGCCUUGCUGUCUGCUGCCGCUUUUAGAGAGAGCGCAGCAAACACACUCAGACGUGCUUUUCAACAAUGCGUCGUUUGUUUGUUUGACUGACUGCAAUCCAUUUGGUGGGACAUCCUCGUCAUCAUCUGUGUUGGGUAGCUUAUUAGAGCCAUGUCUUCCCAGCAGCCCAACAGUUCAGCCCCCAACAGCCCCACCAAUGUCAUUGGUUCCCCAUUUUCAGUCAUCAGUCCCUCUAUCAACUCUUCAAUGGUGUCUCCCUCUCUGGGAUUUGGACCCAUCAGUCACAGCCAGAUCACACCUUCAGGCGCCAUGUCAGGGAUGCAUUCGAUUAACAGCUCCGAGGACAUCAAGCCUCCGUUUGGCCUGAGGCCCAUGCCGGCUCACAGUCCAGGAAUCAUGUUGUCUCAGAAGCGGCUGUGUGUCAUCUGUGGAGACCGCUCAUCUGGCAAGCACUACGGCGUGUACAGCUGCGAGGGCUGCAAAGGCUUCUUCAAGAGGACGGUUCGCAAAGAUCUCAGCUACACUUGUAGGGACAACAAAGAGUGCCUGGUGGACAAACGCCAGCGGAAUCGCUGCCAGUACUGCCGCUACCAGAAGUGCCUGGCCAUGGGCAUGAAGAGGGAAGCGGUCAAACUUGUAAGGUGGAAUAAAGAAGAUGGAAAAGAUGAGGGGUGGAUGACGGUCCAGGAGGAGCGUCAGAGGAACCGAGAGCGCGAGGGAGAGCUGGAGUUCAGCAUGAGCAUUAAUGAGGAGAUGCCAGUGGAGAAGAUCCUGGAGGCGGAAACUGCGGUGGAGCAGAAGACUGAGCUGCACUCCGAUGGAGGCUCUGCAGGCAACUCGCCCCAUGAUGCAGUCACCAACAUCUGUCAAACUGCAGACAAACAGCUCUUUGCUCUGGUAGAGUGGGCGAAGAGAAUCCCUCACUUCUGUGAGCUGCCCCUUGAUGAUCAGGUCAUCCUCCUGCGUGCAGGUUGGAAUGAGCUUCUCAUUGCCUCCUUCUCCCACCGCUCCAUCGCCCUGAAGGAUGGUGUUCUUCUCACCUCGGAGCUGCAGCGUGAGGGUGCUCACAGUGCAGGAGUUGGAGCUAUUUUUGAUAGAGAGAGUGUGCAGAGUGCAGAGGUUGGUGCCAUAUUUGACAGGGUUCUCACUGAGCUUGUCAACAAGAUGAGAGAUAUGCAAAUGGACAAGACGGAACUGGGCUGCCUUCGCGCCAUUGUCCUCUUCAACCCAGAUGCAAAAGGUCUGUCCAACAUGGGGGAGGUGGAGCUGCUGAGAGAGAAGGUCUAUGCAUCUCUGGAGGCCUACUGCAAACAGAAGUACCCAGAGCAGCAGGGCAGGUUUGCCAAGCUCCUCUUGCGACUGCCCGCCCUGCGCUCCAUCGGCCUGAAGUGUUUGGAGCACCUGUUCUUCUUCAAGCUGAUCGGCGACACACCCAUUGACACUUUCCUCAUGGAGAUGCUUGAAGCCCCCCAUCAGCUGUCCUAAAAAGCAGCGUGCAGACUGUGGUGAGCUGUAAAGAAGCGUGGGACUGGAGUGUGGCACUUUAACUUUUGGAAAGAUUUGUCCGCUUGUCUCACUGCUAUCUGGGUUCCACAUCCUUUUUUCCUUUGUUCUUUUUUUGUGUUAUUAGUGCUGCACAGAUUUGCUCUUUUUAGACCAAACCCGAUGCUCAGCAUGACCUUCAAGCUGGUGCUAUGUGUUAAACUUCAUGGUGGAUCGAAAGAAGUAUUUUAAACCUUCCCUUAUUAGCUAUAAUACCAUUUUACAAUAGCUUUUUAGACAUCGCUUAAAUGAGCCCUUUUAAACGGAACCAGAUGGCGAGCAUGAGUUGAAGACCUAGUCUUCUUUUUAAUCAUUUCUAUUCACGAUGGCUGUCCAAUGGUUGCAAAGCUCCAUCUCUUCGACAAGAUGAAAUCUUAGUAGAGGCGGAGCGUUUGUAGCCGUCUCCUACAUUUAGACUUGUUUACGUCUUUUUACGCCCUUUUCUAAGUCCAAUCACUUUACCAUUAUUAUUUGUAAAAGAUCAAUGCCCGCCACUAAACGUACAGGCGGCGUUUGGUGCUAUUUCAGAGAAAACGCCACAUUAUUUGGUUUGAAAACCUGACACCUAAGAGGAUAUGCAAAUAUGACCUUUUUGUUUAUUUUUGGUAAAAAAAAAUGUAGCAAUAUAAAAAUGUUAAAGUGCGUCAGAGCUUUCUGCCUUUCACUCAUUCAGGGGUUUUACAAAGUAAAUCACGUCUGGUGGAAAGGGAAUAUUCCAUUUUGUAAUUUAUACAAUUUUGAGGUACUGUGCAAAAGUAAUUGUUCAGGGAACGUGUAUAUUGAUUGAUUUGAAUUAUGAUCAGGAGAUACAAAUUAUAUAAUUCUUAACCUGUGCCCUUGUAUUUUUUAUUUUUUUCGUUUUUUUAGUUUUCAGAUAGCAGAACGUGUGUUGGGUUGCACUGGAUUUGCUGACAGUGUUUCAGCUGGUAUUUCUUUUUGUUUCUGCUCCAUUGUAUUUCCUUCCAUCCUUCUUUCCUUUUUGCUAGGUAGCUGUCCUGUUCAUUGUAUUGUCUCUGCAGUUUAUUCAUCAUGAUCACAUUUAGGUCCAGAGCACCUCAAAACACGACAAAAGACGUCCGUGUAAUGGCUGCGACUAAACACCAUUGAUAAACUAGACCUGCAGGUGCUCUUGAACACACAGGGACUUGAAGCAUGGGUUGUGUGGUGGACUCAAAAUAAACAUAAGACUUUAAAUUUGG